AUGGAAUAUUGGGGCAACCGAAUUUACCUGAGGGGUCUCGAUGUGCCCUACGCCCGCCUAUCCGGAGCAACAGCUUCAUUUUCAGCGUCGGAAGGCUCGUGGUGGGUUGUCACAGAGCAGGCAAAACCUGCCGUACGAGGUUUCAAGGCGCCUGUGAAGCGGCAGGGCCAGCCAUCGACGACUUCUGGCACCAUCAUACCCAAGUCCAAUAAGGCGCUGAACUUCCAGUCGAAUGUUUCCAAUGCAUCCGUCAGCAAGAUGUCCUCAUCCCCGCGAAGCUUUCGGGAGUCUUCGCCAGCCGGAGCUCCUGGGCGAACAAGGUCCCAGUUCACCUAUCGCCACCUCAACACCCUGGCCUCUUACUCGACGUCUUGUCCUCUGAGAGUCAUCGCCCACAUUGAUCUUGACGCCUUUUACGCCCAGUGUGAGAUGCGUCGGCUUGAUAUCCCUGACGGCCAGCCACUUGCGGUCCAACAAUGGCAAGGCCUUAUUGCCGUUAACUACCCUGCUCGGGAUCGUGGUGUUGGAAGGUUCACAGACAUCACUCAAGCAAAGGAGCUGUGUGAUAACCUGAUCUGCCAACACGUGGCAACCUGGAGGGAGGGCGAGGAAAAUUGGGCUUACCGUGAUGAUCAUGUCAUGAGUACUGACAAAGUCUCCUUGGACCCAUAUCGUCUGCAAUCGAGAAGGAUUCUUGCCCUGAUCAAGGAAUCACUCCCGGCAAGCCUUCAGAGGGUCGAGAAAGCUUCCAUAGACGAGGUGGGCCUCCAAGAGCUGACACGCCUCAAGUUCCUCGACCUGUCGGCUCAAGUGCACGCAAUCCUUCUGGAUCGCUUUCCUGAGCUCGGGAAGCCGCCCCCCUACGAUGACCCGACUGAGAAACUGCCAAUGCCCCCAGUGACAGCGCUCGACUGGAAAGCAGAUGCACUGGUUGACCUCGAUGACACAGAAACGGAAACAGAUGAUCCCGACUGGAAUGAUGUUGCUCUUUUGAUAGGGUCCGAGAUUGUUCGCGAUGUGCGAGCAGCUAUUCGUGCCCAACUCAAGUACACUUGUUCCGCGGGUGUCGCAAGCAACAAGAUGCUCAGCAAGUUGGGCUCCGGUCACAAGAAGCCUAAUGGGCAGACGGUGAUACGGCAUCGAGCCGUCCGGCAAUUCCUGUCCAGCUUCAAGUUUACCAAGAUUCGGAACCUGGGAGGAAAGCUAGGUGACCAGAUUGCACAGACUUUCAACACUGAGUCCGUCAGCGAUCUUCUGCUGGUCCCGGUAGAGCAGUUCAAGUCCAAGCUCGGAGACGAUACUGGGGUCUGGGUCCAUAAUACGAUCAGAGGCAUUGACAACAGUGAAGUCAACUCGCGUGUUCAGAUCAAGUCAAUGCUGUCGGCAAAGUCAUUUCGCCCCAGCAUAAACAGCGUGGAGUCAGCAGUGAAGUGGCUUAGAAUCUUUGUGAGCGACAUCUUCUCCCGCUUAGUCGAGGAGGGCGUUCUUGAGAACAAGCGCCGUCCUCGUUCGAUAAACCUCCAUCACCGGCAUGGGGGCCAGACACGGUCGAGGCAGGGUCCUAUACCCCAGGGGAGGCCAAUCGACAAGGAGUUGCUGCUUGACCUCGCCAAGAAUCUUCUUAAUCAAAUCGUCCUUGAGGGCAAAGUAUGGCCAUGCGCAAAUCUUUCACUCAGUGUCGGGGGAUUCGACGAAGGGAUCACCGGGAAUAUGGGAAUAGGGGCAUUCUUGGUUAAGGGCGAGGAGGCACAGUCUCUGAAGAGAAGCUCACGAGAAGGCUCAAUGGAGGCCUCGCUUCCCAAGCAGCCAGAGAAACACAGAAAAAGUGAGAAAGAAGGUAUCCACCGAUUCUUUUCGAAAUCGGCGCCGAUCAAGUACGACGAUGAAAAUCGUGCUCUAAACCCAGCCACUAGCCUGAUGAGCGGCGGUGAAACAUCUCACAAGCAUACCGGAAAUUCCAUGUCAGAAAGGGAACCUGCAGAUGAAGUUGCACAAAAAGAAGCCAGCAAAGACAGCCAACUGCAGGAACCAGGUGCGUACCUAUGCCGUCGAUGCAACAUAAGCCUUGAGGACGCGGAAGAGUUCCAGUGCCAUGAAGACGAGCACCUGGCCAGAGAUCUUCAUGAGGAGGAACGUGGCAGCCACACAUUUGCUGGACAUUCUUCUCCUGCAACCACAGGAAACAACAGAGGCACAUCUGCAACAGCGAAACGGCCUACGAAACGAAAGAAGAUGGAGGUUGGGCAGAGCAAAUUGAACUUUGGAUGA